CAUGCCGCUGCCGCAAAAUGCGCUCGCCCUUACUGUUACAUUCGAGUUUGGACACAGUGCGUGCGCUCGCUACUUUCCCGGAGGGAAAAGGCGAUGAUUUAAAUCUUCGUGUGCGUAUAAACUCGUCUCGGUGCGCGGCGAAGCUCGGGCUAGCUCAGUUUAGCUUAGCCGCUAAGAAAGAGACGCCUCUGUUGUCGGCACGUCACUCAGCAGAGGUGACGCGUUGUGACGAUCGCGCCAAGCAACAUGUGCGCUCAACGUGUGAAAGAAGAGAACAACGAGGAGGAACUUUGGGCGACCGAAGUGGACCGCGAGCGGCGACGUCAUCGACUCGACGCCGCUUUCAAGCAGCCUCCACUUGGGUUACACAGGACAGAUGUCAGUGAAGAAUAUGUUGGCACUGAGGAGCAGGUGCCACAGUCCACUGACAUUAAAGUGGAAGAGCACGAGGAAGGUUCCCUUGUCCUGAAGGGUGACGAGGAGCUCGAGCCUUCCUAUAUUAAAGAGGAAGAGGAGGAUAACGUCACUCGGUUGCUCGUGACGUUUGUCCCUUUGAAGAGGGAACGUGACGAUGACAACGGUCGAAAUGAGGAGAACAGAGGGGCGGAACCUCACAGCGGCAGCUCAACUCAACACGUGAACACAGAAGACGGCCGUGGAGGAUCGCAAGCAGACAGCCUCUUAGCCCCGCUAUCGGAUAGCGAUGACAUCACCUCGCACUCCCCUGACACGGAUGGCGGCGAUGAUGAUGAUGAUGAUGACGACGAUGACGAUCAACACUCUAAAGAGGAUAUGACAUGGCAAACUGACAACAAACCCUGGAAAUGUUCUCAGUGUGACAAAGCCUUUGUUUCCCAGUCGCUUUUGAAAAGGCACAGGAUAAUCCACACUGGAGAGAAACCUUUUGUCUGCCCAGUUUGUGGUAAAACAUUCACUCAGAGAGCCAAUUUGACAACGCACAAAAGAACACACACUGGCGAAAAGCCUUUUUCGUGCUCAUUGUGUGGCCUAAGAGUGACUUAUAAGAGUAGUUUACCAGCUCACAUGAGAACCCAUACUGGAGAGAAACCUUUUACCUGCUCGGUGUGUGGUAAACGUUUUUCUGAAAGGGAAAGUUUAAUGAAACACACAAGAAUACACACUGGGGAAAAACCUUUUGCCUGCUCAAUUUGUGGUAAAAGAUUUUCUGUCAAGGGAAGCUUGAGAUCACACACAAGAACCCACACUGGAGAGACACCUUUUGCUUGUUCAGUUUGCGGGAAGAAAUUCACUGUGAAGGGAGGUUUAAUAAAGCACUCGAGAACACACACUGGGGAGAAACCUUUUGCGUGUUCAGUUUGCGGUCAAAGAUUCUCGUCAAAGGAAAACCUAAAAACCCACACGAGAACACACACGGGGGAGAAACCAUUUUCCUGCUCAGUUUGCGGUAAAAGCUUCAAUCGAGGGUGCAGGUUAACAGAACAUGCGAGAAUACACACAGGCGAGAAACCUUUUGCUUGCUCGGUUUGCGGUAAACGCUUCACUCAAAAGGGAAGGUUAACAGAGCAUGGACGAACACAUACAGGUGAAAAACCUUUUGCCUGUUCAAUCUGUGAUAAAACAUUCUCUGUAAAAGAGCUUUUAAUAAGGCACCGAAGGACACACACCGGGGAGAAACCGUUUGCCUGCUCGGUUUGUGGUAAAGCAUUCUCUGUAAAUUGGCGUUUAACAAGGCACACCCGAACACACACUGGGGAGAAACCUUUUGUCUGCUCAGUUUGUGGUAAAAGCUUCACUGAAAGGGAUUCUUUAAAAAGGCACAGAAGAACACACACUAGAGAGAAACCUUCUUCUGGUUCAGUCUGUGACUUUAGUUCAGAAUUGGAAACUGCACACCCUGAGCAGCAGGAGACACAGCCACCUCACAUUAAAGAGGAAGAGCACGAGGAUGAUAUCACCGAGUUGCCGUUGACUGUCGUCGUGAAGAGUGAAUAUGCUGACGGCGACAGCCAAAGUCAGCAGAACUAAGAGGCCGAGCCUCCGAGCGGCAUCUCGAGUCGAUAAAUGACAACACAAGAUGAGAUGGAGACAAAAUAACGUCUGACGCUGAUGACGUUGAACACUCUGCAGGUUAGUUCUGACAGAUGUUUCGUCACACCGACGACAAACCCUGGGAAUGUUCUCAGUGGGACUAAAGAGCUGAGAGUUGAUAAAACAUGCAAGUACACACACAGGAGAAAAAAGACAAAACAAACAAAAAACAGUUACAAUCAUUUGUUUUGUCGGCAUUCCAGUAUCUUCCACUUGAUUUGUUUCUUAUUUGUUUCUAUAAUUUCAUUUUUUUUUACUUUGUGAUUUUUCUUAUAUUAACUUGCAUGAACUGUAAAGUGUUGUGAAUGUGUAUUUUAUAUAUGUAGAACUUUGACGUACGAGUAUGAUUCUUUCCGUGACCAAGCUUGUAACUCAAUUUACUUGUACGUGAAAUAUAUUUUCGUGGACUUUUCAAUGAAUUUCAGUCGUUUUGUAAAGUUUCAAUA